AUGGCCUUUCAGGACCUUUUGAAUCAAGUUGGCAGCCUAGGGAGAUUCCAGAUUCUUCAGAUGAUUUUCAUUUUGAUCUGCAACAUAAUAAUUGUUCCUCAUUCUCUAUUGGAGAACUUCACAGCAGCCAUUCCCAAUCAUCGGUGCUGGGUCCCCAUCCUUGACAAUGACACUGUCUCUGAUAAUGACAGUGGGAUCCUGAGCUAACAUGAUCUCCUGAGGGUCUCUAUCCCCCUGGACUCCAACCUGAGACCAGAGAAGUGUCUUCGCUUUGUCCAACCACAGUGGCAUCUCCUUCAUCUGAAUGGCACUUUCUCAAGUGUGACAGAACCAGACACAGAGCCCUGUGUGGAUGGCUGNGUGUAUGACCAAAGCACCUUCCUCUCCACCAUUGUUACUGAGUGGGACCUGGUGUGUGAAUCUCAGUCACUGGAUUCUAUAGCUAAGUUUGUAUUCUUGACUGGUGUGUUAGUAGGAAAUACCCUAUAUGGCUGCUUAACAGACAGGUUUGGGAGGAAGUUAAUCUUUACAUGUGCUUCACUGCAAAUAGCCAUCAUGGAAACCUGUGCAGCUGUGGCUCCCACCUUUCUCAUCUACUGCUCACUACGAUUCCUGGCAGGGAUUUCUUUCUCAGCCAUUUUGACAAAUAGUAUCUUGCUCAUAAUAGAAUGGACAAGGCCUAAAUUCCAAGCCUUGGCAACAGCUCUGUUAUUGUGUGCUGGAGCGGUUGGACAGAUAAUAUUGGCAGGCCUGGCUUUUACUAUUCGAAACUGGCACCACCUCCAUCUGGCGAUGUCUGUACCAGUGUUUUUCUUACUUGUACCCACAAGGUGGUUGUCAGAGUCAGCUCGGUGGCUGAUUGUGACCAACAAACCCCAGAAGGGCUUAAAGGAACUUAGAAAAGUUGCACACAUAAAUGGAAUGAAGAAUUCUGGAGUGGUCCUAACCAUGGAGGUUGUGAGAACAAUCAUGAAGGAGGAGCUGGAGGCCUCACAGACAAAAUCUUCCCUAUGGGACUUGUUCCGUACACCCAACCUGCGUAAGCGGAUAUGCCUCCUGUCCCUUGUGAGGUAG